AUGGUGGAUGGAGACUAUACCCUGUACAACCAAAGCACAUUAGAUGGACGGCAGAAUGUGAGGUCGUUUCUGGUCAAUUUAACCGCGUUAAUCGAGGUAGAUGAAAAAAGUAUCCAGGUUAUGCAGAUAGAACCUGGCGUAGGCAUGCAGUUGAGCUUAGGUACAUGGAGUGCUGGAGAGAUAGAUCGAAGACUGAUAGCUAAUGAUGUGAACAUCACCGAAUUAGGAGUGUUACAGAGCAAACGAGUGUUAUAUGAUAACGACACAGCACGAGUUUUAAACGGAAACUCAGAUGUUGCUGAUAUGGUUACACGCUUGUGUGACCCGAAUCCUUGUGGCAAAAAUGGCAAGUGUAAAAUCGACACAGAACUAUAUGAGUGGGAGUGCGCCUGCAAAGCCCCGUGGACAGGGGAUCUGUGUGAUAUCACCUUAAAAUUGGAGGUGCUCGAACCAUUCACUACAUUCGAUCCUGUCAAAUUCCAAAAGGUGUGUUGCUGA